CCGGAGAAAAUUUUUCACAUUUGGACGUGAAAAUUGAACGAGAGUGGACGCUCCCGCAUUUGGACGAAAGUUUGGACUGCGCAGAGAGUGCAAAAAGAUCUUAUAGAUCAAGGAAAUCCCAGAAGAUUGAGAAAAAUGGUGCUAAUUGGCAAGAAUUCCGAAAUGGCAGAGGGAAACGGCGAAGUCGUCGAUGAUAUACCAGGAACAAAGUCAGAAGAUCGAGGAGAUGGAGAGCGAACAGAGGAUUACUCGAAGCUCUUGGAGUAUGGACUUGACAAGAGGGUUGCCAGCAAGUUAGAUGAUAUUUACAAAACUGGCAAAUUGGCGCAUGUGGAGCUGGACGAGAGGGCUCUUGAUGCGCUAAAGGAGUUUCCGGUUGAUGGUGCCUUGAAUGUUCUGAGUCAGUUCCUAGAAUCAAAUCUGGAACAUGUGUCCAACAAAUCGGCCUACUUGUGCGGUGUGAUGAAAACAUACAGACAAAAGAGCAGAGCAAGCCAACAAGGUGUACCUGCGCCGACAACAACAGUGCAAGCAAAAGGACCCGAUGAAGAGAAAAUCAAACAGAUUCUUGAACGCACAGGUUACACAUUAGAUGUAACGACAGGACAGAGAAAGUACGGCGGACCUCCGCCCAAUUGGGACGGUCCGACGCCCGGCAAUGGAUGCGAAGUAUUUUGCGGGAAGAUCCCCAAGGAUAUGUAUGAGGACGAAUUGAUACCGCUCUUUGAGAAGUGCGGCCCAAUCUGGGAUCUGCGGCUCAUGAUGGACCCGAUGACCGGCACAAAUCGUGGUUAUGCGUUCGUGACAUUCACGACGCGCGAUUCUGCACAAAAUGCCGUGAAGGAGCUCGAUAACUACGAAAUAAAAUCUGGCAAGUGCUUGAAAAUUAACAUAAGCGUACCGAAUCUACGCCUCUUUGUAGGCAACAUACCAAAAUCGAAAGGCAAAGAGGAGAUAUUAGAGGAAUUUGGUAAAUUGACAGCGGGACUCGUUGAAGUCAUAAUUUAUAGUUCGCCAGAUGAUAAGAAGAAGAAUCGGGGCUUUUGCUUUCUCGAAUACGAAUCACACAAAGCGGCCUCGUUAGCAAAACGAAGACUCGGCACGGGAAGGAUUAAGGUGUGGGGUUGCGAUAUUAUUGUCGACUGGGCCGAUCCACAAGAGGAACCCGAUGAGCAAACCAUGAGCAAAGUGAAGGUUCUCUAUGUGCGCAAUCUUACACAAGAUAUUAGUGAAGAGAAGCUCAAGGAGCAAUUCGAGCAGUUCGGAAAGGUGGAGCGAGUGAAGAAGAUUAAGGAUUACGCUUUUGUCCACUUUGAGGAUCGAGACAACGCAGUCCUAGCAAUGCGUGAUUUGGACGGCAAGGAGCUCGGAGGAUCGAAUAUCGAGGUCUCUCUGGCAAAACCACCGUCGGACAAGAAGAAGAAGGAGGAGAUCCUGAGAGCACGCGAGCGCCGAAUGCUGCAGAUGAUGCAAGGACGAGUCGGUAUCUCAGGUGAUGAUGACUUCAGAAUGUCACCUUCCCAUCCCAGUAUGAUGGCCGGAAUGCCGCCAAUGAGAGGUGUCUCCAACUGUCCCAGAAUUCCCCUGAGAGGUCCAAUGGGACGCGGUGAUUACGGUGAGCAAAUUCUGAUCGAUUUACAACGUAAAAUGUCUAUUGUAGAUUAUGAUUACGACUUUUAUGGGUAUUCGGAUUAUCGCGGGGGAUACAGUGAGCCAUAUUACGAUGAUUAUUACCGCUCUUACGAUGGGGAUUACUACUAUGAUUAUUCCCCGAGUGGUGUGGCACCCGCUGCAGGCGGACCACCGAGAACAUCCAGAUCAGAUUCGGGGGGUGGUCAUGGGCGUGGAAUCACGGCGCGUGGCCGAGCCGCUGGGCUCCGUGGCAACAUCAAUCGUCAGGGGGCCCCUCCGGUUCAACGGGGGGCCACCGUGGGGGCUCAGGCAGCAACCGGGGGGGUCCGUGGGGCGGGUCAAACUCGUCCCAACGCUCGUGGCACCCAGCGCGGCAAGCCGCAACAAAAUUUACCAGCAGUCGGUAAACGCAAAUUUGACGGUGGUCACCAGAAUCAGGGAGAUCCGAAACGACGCUAUGGAAGUGGAAUAGGAAAUGGUGGUCCUGGAAAUGGCGGAAACUGGGGUAGUCAACCGCUGCCUCAGCAACCUUUAGGCGCCAAUGGUGAACAAUGGUAUACUGACACAUACCCAAGUUGGAGUUAAAACGGAUAGCUGUGACAAGGAGUUGAUACUGAAGGCGAAUAGCUGCGCUGCGCUGUUGCGGAGAUAUUCAAAAUGAUUGCGAUAAGAUUUACUAAAUUCUAAUUACUGUAGAUUUUGACAUUAAAUUAUAUCAAGCAGAUUAAACGGAAGAUAGAGAGAGAGUGAAAGAAAUUUAGUGAAAAGAAGACACUUUUCAUACCUUGAUAUCAUAGUGGGAGAGUCAAAUGAAAUAACCAAUUUUACUUAUUAGGCAUUGUUCACAAUGAUGAGAAGAGAAAGAAGAAGAAGUGGUGAUUUUUUCUAAGAAGAAAGUGCAUGAAACUUUUUCUAAGAAUUUUAAAUUAAAAUUCUCUAUUGAAAAAAAAAACGUGUAUUCGUGACUGAAAGUUUUGAGAUUACAUAUAUACAUAAUUCGAUGCUGUUUGAGAGUUUGAUAAGCUGAUAAAUUGUUGCGAAAUGCGCUCUAAGAAGAAGAAAUUGACCAAUGAUGAAAAUUUCAUUAUUGACGCUCUUACAAUAGUGACAAGGAUUCUUAGAUGGAAACAGGAAUUUUUAAUUUAUUUGGGUGUGAAAAUCUUUAAGAAGGAAUUUUUCUCUUGGAUAUAAUUAUAAGUGGUAAAUUCAAGGGACAACAGAGAGUUUAGCAAAAUAUAAGGUGUCUAGAUGAUGUUUCUCACAUUGUGAUUAAAUGCAAGGAUAGCUGGUGAACAAUUGUGGAAUUUUCAUUUAGACAUCCUUAAUCGGAUAAUAUCAUCUCACUGAAUAUCAUUGAAAAUAAGAGACAUUUGCAAAGGCUUUUUAGACAUCUUUUUAAUUUUCUUCAAAAUGUGACAAAAAUGAAUUGGGAGAGGAAGAAACAAAAUUUACACAAAAAAUCGAAUUUAGUAUUUAAUGGAAAUGUCCAGAACUAUUGUGGUAUCAAUCAAUUGAAGGAAGAGGGACAGAUGGAGGUGUAAUAUUAAGUAUAACUUUGUCAUCACCGUUUUAACUUGUCAUCGUUCGCUAAAUUAUCUCUUAGGUGUUUAAGUAUACUUGGUAGUUUUACUGCGUGUUGGGCGAAAACAACAAAACACAAUAAAGUAAUGAAAUUGAGGAUCAUCAUUGGCAUAAGAUAUUUUUUUUCUAUAAAUAAUUGUAUAGGGAGAAGAGUGAAGGAAAAAAAUGAAAUCUAGAACCACCAUUUUCUAUUUUUAAAUUGCAAAAAUAUAUUAAUAUUUUUAAGGAAGUAAUUAUUACAUCGACUGACUUUUUUGUAUUAUAAUAUUUUUUUCUAAUUUUGUUUUCUAAUUAUAAAAAGAAAAAAACAUGAAGUGAAGGCGGAAAACGAGUGAAAAUUAGUGAGGAAAUUUUUCUCAAGAUAUUGGAUUCUAUAUUAGGCAUUGGUCAAAUGUAUUGAUAGGAGGUGAAAACUUUUGAAAAAUUCCAAAUUGUGAUGAAAUUAGGUGUUUUUUUUCGAAAAAAAAAAUUGUGAGAAAAAAUGAGGGUAUUUUCGAUACGUACUUUUAGGAACAAAAAAAAAUUGUGAGAGAAAAAUGGUGUAAAAAAAAUCUCAAAAUUUUUUCAAAUUGGCUCGCGGCGGAAAGAAGAGUGUAGGAAUCGAGAAAAAGAUUUAAAUUCACGACAAUAAUCGAUAAAAUCGGUUAGAAAAAAAAGAAAACAGGAUGAGAAAUAUACAGAAAAAGUCGAUAAAAUCGAUGUGCAAAAGUGUAAGAAUGUAAAAAGAAAGGACGAAAGUUGGGCAAAGGCGAAAAUGAAGAAGAAUAGUUCGUUGUAAUAAUUUCAAGCAAAAUCUUCCAAAAUCCGUAGUCUCGUCGCUUUUUUCUCUGUGAAGGUGAAUUAUGAAGACAAAAUGUGCGGUGGAGAAAGUCUGUCAAAAAAAAACGAUGGUGAAAGUAAUGAAAGAAAAUAUUCUCUAAAUAUAGUAGAAAAAAAAGAAAAUAGUAGGAAAUAACAAAAUUUUUACACAGAUUUUUUUUAUCAAAUAAACAAAUGAUGUUAUGUUUAAUUUAAUUUUAUAUUUUCUUUAAAGUAAUUGAUUUUUAAUAACUAUUUUAAUCUUAGUUGCAAAAGAAAUAGAGAGAAAGAGAGAGAGAGAGGAAUGAUGAGGAUGAAGAGAAUGCCAUAGUAAUGUUUGUAUUUUUAAUUUCAAUUAUGAUUAAUUUUGAAUUUUCUUUUCAUUUGACUAGUAACGUUUUGUCUAUUGUAAUUUUCUUUUUGGUUGAUUAUUUCAUUUUUAUACAAUCCAGCUGAAGUGUAAAAUAAAUUCUUGAUUUUAACACAAUUUUUUCUUGAUAUUCUUUAAUGAAGAUUUAUUGUUAUUCUCCACAAUACACAUGCAAAAAAGAAAGAAAGAAAGAAAGAAAGAAAUAUGGGACAUUUCAUGGCAAAUUAAAAUGGAAAUUUUAAUAAUUGUACACCACAAAUGAUCAUUUUUGUCAAUACGAUGGAUGGAGAAUGGGGUGAUAAGAAGAUACAAAAGAAGUAAUAGAUAUGCAAUUUCUACUGAUUAGAGUGAACUGAUUCAGAGGAGGACAGCCACAGCGAAGGAGGGUGAAAAAGAUUUUUGAAAUACACGUCAUGUAUAUGUAUGUAUGUUAUAUAAAUUAUGUACAUAUAUGUAUGUUGUAAAUAUGGCAAAGAAAAUUUUGCAAUUAGUCCUAUUAAUUAACAAAGGAAGGAGAAUUGAGAAAUGCUUAGGAAGGGCAGAGAGAAUACGAUGUAAAGACAUGCUGAAUUGAGACAAAUUUCCUUGUACUCAGACUCUAUCUCUGGGAAUUAUCCCGUCCAAAACGACAAACAAGAAACGCAGACAGAUUUACUGAGAGAUACACUUCACAAGGGCGAUAUGCACAGUAUCUGAUUUUCUCCCUAAGUUUACCACAAGCACUACUACAGGAGUCACUCCGGAGGGCUGAAGAAGAUGCCAAAUUGUCAAAGGUAGAGUCUGCUGGACAGGGCGGAAGUGUGGUGAAAGGAGCAAAAUUUUUAUGAGAAAAUUAUGAUAACGUAUAUAAAAGUAAACUUUAGCGAAGCGCAAAAUCCGUAAAUUGGGGGUUUCCCGUUGGAUGGACUCUAUGAGUUGGGGGGUGGUCGCGAAAUCUGGCGCAAGAGAGUUGCAAGGAUGCCUUUCUGAUGGGGCUCAUGUGAGAUGCCGGGCGGAAUUGAGGACAAAAAAAGGAGCAAAGCUGCCAUGGAACAUGGUGAUUCUUAUGGGGGAGACCAUUGCGCUGCCUUAUAAAGCAAGUGGGAGAAAAGACUGAUGAUACAAAAUAACAAAAAAAAACAAGAAAAUUUAAACAUAAGUAAUAAAUAACCAUGAAAAUGAGCACACUUGUCAGAAAGAUGCGGGGAGAUUUUCUGCAGAACGAAGCGCAGACAUGAAAUAGACAUUUUAAUAAAUAUACAAACAAACAAUAUUUUCAAAAAGAGAGAGAAUCUGCAUUAAUAACCAGAAAGAAACCAUCUAAAAGCAUGUAAAGUUCUAAAAUUAGAAGGAUAGGAGAUACAGUGAAAAAAGCAAAAAAUCAAGUCGAGUUGAAGGCAUGAAGAGAACCUUUUCUCUGAAUCAAUUCUUCGAUUCGGCGAGGCAGUUGAAUUGAGACUUCAAUAUUGAAUUGGAAGAGUGACUAGGAGAGGGAGAAAUUUUCGGAGGUGAAAGAUUGAUGAUAGGGGAAGAGGAAGGUAGAAACAAAUAAAGGUGAAAUUGUCUGUGUGCUAUUUUACAACCAAGUUGCGAAAGAAGAAAAAUAAUUAGCAAUAUCAAAAUAUGUAAAUGUAAUUUAUCGUUUAUAAAGUAAAUAUAGAUAAUACAUCAUAAUAGCAUUAAAAGGAGAGAACAACAGUAACUAAAAAAGUGUGAAGAUGGAGUGAAAUAGGAUGAAAAUUCAUGGGCUUUGUAUAGGAAAGAAGUGUAAUGUUGAGGCGAUGAUGGGGAGUUUCUUGAAGGUAUUUUAACUCCAUUUGUGUGGCGAUGAACUUAGGCAAAGAACACUGAAAGUACCCACGAAUUUUGAGAAGAAAAUGUUUUCUAAAAUCACAUAAUUUAAUCGAUCGAUCGAACCGAACCGAUGUAAAAAUUAAACUUUGAAUUUUCUUAAAAUUGUGUUGCAUGCAGAGGAAUUUGAAAUGGGAAAAAAAUCUUAUUUGUAUAAAUUUAUUCGUAUAGUGUAUAUUGUAAUUAAUUUCAAAGAAAAAGUAAUUUUGAAAUUUUUCUUAUUUCCCUGUAAGAAUGGACAAAAAAAAGAAUCUAUUUUAACCGACAUUGAAGCACAUACAAACACUUUUCAUUGACAAACUCAUGUAAAUUAUUGCAAAUUCCUAGUGAGACAAUUUUUCUUUACAUACACACACAGACACAAAUGCAUAAUUCUUAUCACUAAUUAAUGCCAUAGUAGUAAAAUUUAAUUAAACAACCCCUAAAUUUUCAUUGUGAAUUGGCUAACGUAUAAAAGGAUUUCAGUGUCAUUGAGUGGCAAUUUUUUUUUUACCUAAUCUUUUAUUGAUAAUUUGACGAAGACGCUCUAUUUUGUGAGAAAACAAAGAAACAAACAUUUAUAGAAAUAUUCAUUUUUACCUGAUUAAUGAACUCAUACUGUUCUUCCAAUAUUUUUUUUGUAUAAAUACUAAUGCUCGGUAUUUAUUUUUAAUAUUGUAGGCGAGAUUGGUAGUAGAGAAAAUGCGGAUAGAAAAGGUCCAAAAAGUUCUUUAUUAGUAUACUUCACAGCACACGCUCCGUUUUAAGUACAUUUUUUUUUAAAUAUCGCUCUUACACUUACACAUAGUUUUCCGUUUGAUUUUUUUACAAUACAUACAUACACACACAGCAUAUUUUUGUUUCUUCUAAGACAGGAUUUACAUAACUAUUUUUCCUUUUAACAUGGAUUGUCUUUACAAAUAAUUUGCACUAUAAUCUCUAUAUAAGGUUUUUAUAUAAAUGCAUAAUUUUUACUUUAUAUUUUUUCUAUAUUGUCUAAUUAACUAUUUUACAAAGUUUUUUUUUAACAAAUGAAAAUAUUUACAUAGCUUUUAAAAGAACAGAAAAAAUUGGAAUUACACCAGACAACACAGGAAUGGACAGAAGAAUACUUUUAAAUGAAAUGUAAAAAUUUUUUGGAAUAUAAGAGAAAUACGUAGAGACCAUUUGAAGUAAAGUCAAAAACAGCGUCUAAAAAUAGGAAUUAAAUAAAGGAUUGCGGGCAUAUUGAGAUAAAAUAUACACAGAGGAAAGUGGGAAGUGUACAAAGUUUUUAAAGUGGGAAAUACCAGAAAUUGAGAGAUGCGAGAGAGAUUGGAUUGGAAAAGCUAGGAAAAGUCGUGGGUCAACAAAAACAGUCAAGCCGUGAAAGUUAGAGACGGGGAUAAUGUUGGAAGAUAAUAUACAGCAACAAAUGAGACGAGGUGACGCGGAAGAUAGAAAUAAAAACACGAAAUAUUAAAUGUACCAACAAAAACGGACUAUAAAUAAUUAAUAUUUUAGGUAAACAAAAUGAAAUGGAGGAAAUACUAAAUGAUAAAAGAAGAUUUUAUUCCUGCAAAAUGCAUUUUGCUAUGUGAUGUAUUUUAGUAGUAAGUGAAGAAAGAAUUAUUAAAAGUAACAUACCGAUUUUUAUAUACUAAAAAACAAAACUGAUGAGAGUAAAACAGAAAAAAAACAAGUAAUUAAAAAACUAUGAAAUGUAGUAAAAGUGACGCAGUUGAUGAGAAAAAAAAAUCGGUAAAAAAUUCUUUAUAUACGAAAACCAAUUAACUUUUUUAUAGAUUUCACUGAAAAGAAGAAAAAAAAUUUCAAUCAAUAGAAGUAGAAAGUAAAUUGACAUAGAUUUUUAACUUGAAAUUUCAGUCCAAUACAAAUUCAUGAAAAUAACACAGAACACAAACACACAAGAAUACAAGUGAGAUGGACAAGGAUGAUUGAAAGAAACAAGCGAAAUAAUACCAUUUAUUGACUAAAACUACAAUUUAAAGAUGAUGAAAAAUGAUAGAAACAACUAAUAAUAUAUUACAUAUUAUAUUCAUGAUUUGUUUUAAUAAUAUAUAAAAUACGUUUAAUCUUAAGAGGAUGAAUAUACCUAUAAUAAAUUCUAAUAAUUUUGCUUUGCUUUCAUUCUGUCAAUUUUUACACAGUAAAUAUCGUUUUUUUACUUGUUUAGGAACAUUGAGGUAACCAAAACAUAUACCAUUGCUAAAUUUGUAAAUCAAUUUAGAUUUUCUCAGAAGUACUCUACAUAAUCCACAGAAGAGACAUAAGUAAAAUUUAAAUUGGAGGUUUUCCCACAAUUUUCAGCAAUUAAAAAAGUUUAAAACUUACAAAAAAAGGAGUUUGAGAAAUAGUCAAAUAGAAAUUCAGUGAAUGUAGAGGUUUUAAGGUGGUUCAUAUUUUGAUAAAGUUAGUAACGACAGAAAAGAAAUUACAGUUUUUCAUGUUAUUUUUCCCGAAAUAAAUAGAUGCAUGAUAGAGAGAAAAGGAGUAAAAAUUACAAAAAAAAAUGUGAGAAGCAAAAAGGAAUAACACGAGAAAAUAGAAAGCAAAAUAGAUACACAGAAAGAGAGAAUACUGAAGAAAAUACACUGUUGAUCAAUUAUUAAUUAAUUAUAGUAAUUCUUAUAUUUGAUUACAGUGAGAAUAAUUGUAGGUUUAAAAAGAGAUAAUAAAAGGAUAAUAAAAUCGAA